CCCGCGCUUGUCUGACGUCACUUCCGCCGCCCAGAAAACAUGGCGGCUGCCAGUGCCUGUGAUUCGGUGCACACCCUUCCCAAAAACGUAGUCAUUAAGACUGAACCAGAAGCGGAGGAUGUGUCGGUCAAGCGGGAGCCCGUCGUUCCUCUCAUUGCCCCGGUCAGCGGACUCCAGCCUCUCUCGUGGUCGCAGGACCACCGCCUGGCUGUGUGCACCUCCAGUUCCCUGGCGGUGAUGGAGCUGGUGUGCGACGUCCACAACAACAAACAGGACCUAACGCUGCACAGGACUUCAAUCCCCGUCCCAGCCGAGGAAUACAAACUGCGGGUGGGGCCAUCAGUAGAGCUGUCUGAAGCAAUGGUGACGUUCGCUACACAUCCAGAUCCCACAGUAAGGCAAGCAUUUUUGGCCGACAGCGUGAUCAACCCAUCAGUAGGCGUGCACAAAGGAAUAAAGUACGCCAGCUGGUCUCCGUUGGGUUGUGACUCGAGUGGACGCUGCUUGCUCGCUUGCCUAACGCUUGACCACAGACUUACCAUUCAUAACAGCCACAAGCGUCUUGAGUGGAACACGCUAGUUGAUCUUACUAAAAAGUACAGCGAGAGGCUAAAAGAGCGGAAUUAUGCCAGAAAGGAUGACAAGCUGCCGCAGACUAACCUACAGGACUUUGACGAGCUGCAGCGGCGUUUCCGUAUGCAGACGCCACUGAGAAUGGAGUGGUCGAGUAUUUACACGAUUAAACAGGUUCAGCCGGACAACACGGGCGUAGACUUAGAGAUGGUCCUCCUCGCUGUCUUGAUGGAAAACGGUGACCUCGUCUUGUGGAAGUUUGUGUUGCCUUUUACGGAUGGGGCAGAUGUCACGUUUUAUGACAUCAUCGAAUCAGGCGUGACCAGACCAAGUGACUUAGCGUGGUGGGAGUAUGAAAACGCAGAUCGUCGCAUGAGCGGCCUGAUCGUCGGCAGUGAGGUGGGACCCGUCAAGAUCAUGCCAGUCAGCCUGUCGGGAGUGAAGGGGUAUUUCACCCUCCGACACCCCGUCAUCCUGUGGAAGGAGUGCGAUGAAAUCGCUGUUGAAAACCUCAAAUGUGUCCCAAUGAUCCACCCGAUACAUAAAUCCAGCUGCAGCCUCAUCGUCGCAUCACGUGGCUGCUACGUCUUUUGGUGUUUACUUGUGAUUUCCCCAGCUGGACUAAAUGUACACAACUCUCACGUGGCUGGGCUGCACUCCCUUCCUGUAGUCUCCCUAGCGGUCAGUCAACAAGGUGUCGCGGUGUACACUUGUUCCACAGACGGGUGGAUUAAAAAGCUGACGCCAACUUUUACAGAGAGCACUUUAAUAUUUAAGCAGGAGGAAAUGAUGCGACCAGAGAACCUCACGGGGAGGAGGAUACACGGGAUUGCAGUGAGCCGCAACGGAGCAUAUAUUGCACUUGUCAGCACGCAAGGUAUGGUUGAUGGCUAUCAUCCAGUUAACAGGACUUACCAGGUUCACUUUGUGACCUUAAAAACUCCAGAAGCUGCAGCAGCGUUGUUGCUCAGGUCUCCUACGCAGAACUUGUAUAAAAUGGCCGACCUGCUCGACCUGGUGAGGUGGCAGAUUUUGAAAAACAAGUCCAUCCCUGCAUCACUGCAGGACGAGCUCGAUCAAAAGAUCCGGGAAGCGGACUCGCCUUACUUGUGGCGGUUCAAGCUCUUUUUGGUGCGAAUACUUCACCAGUCACUGCAGUCACCUAACACAGAAAACAACUGGAAACCUGCAAAAGAGGGAAGCAAGGUGUUCAUAAGAGAUGAGGAAGAGGAGGAUGGAGAAGACAAAGAAGGUGCUGUGAAAGAGGAAGGUGAGCCCGGAGGAGAAAAACUGGAGAAGGAGGAAAAUCAGGAGGAGCAAAGGGCAGAGGUACAGGCUUGGAUGAACACCGUAGAGACUCACUUGAUGAGAGAAAACAUGAAGAAGGUGUUAGGGGUGGUGUACCUCAAUACCUGGCUAGCAGAGAACAUUAGCAUACCCACCUGUGGCCUGGUGGAGUAUCUCUCUAAAGACACCAACGACAGAGCAUCAGAGGUCCUGAUUGGCCACAUCAAGAAUAAGAUGAACAAGCAGACGUUCUCGGAGCGCUGCAGCCUGUGUCAGGAUGUGCUGCCCUUCACAGACCACAAACAAACCAUGUGUAAAAAUGGACACAUGUGGCUCAGGUGUGCGUUGUCAUACCAGGCCUGCCAGACGCUGACGUUCAGACGGUGCCUCCUGCUGGAUAGCAUCGCCAGACUGCCAGAGCCUGAGGGUAAGCGCCACUUUCCAUCUCCCUCCACCUCCAUUUCACAGUCGCGCUCUCGAUCAGCCGUCUCCUCCUGUCACCUUCAACAUCAGCCUCUGCCGCUCGGAUCAAUGCUCGACAUGUUGGAUGACUGAGCCACACAAACAUAAUACUUAUUAACUGUGACUGAUUGCAGAAAUUAGCACAGCGUCUUUUCUUUCUUUUUAGCCAGUGUGCCUUUGUAUUUUCUUAUAAGGCAAGAGUUGAGUUACUGGUCACAAAGCUCAGUCUUGUCACUUUCUCGGCUAGGACUUGAAAUGUGUAGCUGGGGAAUUCUGAAUGCUGGAGCGGGAGUAAGUGAUCUUUGCAUGACUUCUUUAAGGUCGGUCAGCUCAGUAGGAGGGUAGAAAUGUGCACUGACAUGCACGUGCAACAAUGCAAUUAACAGAAUGGGUGACUACUUUUUUUCUUUUUGCUUGUGCUUGUGAAUUACUGAAGGGGUUAAUACUUUGAUACUCAGGGGAGAAAAAAACAAAACUAUCCGAGAUUCCAGUGAGGAGGAGACACGUUAGUCCUGAUUUCUUAAGUAAACGAUAACCUGGAUUAGAAAAACCUGUUGGCAGUGGAAAGCUGAUUUCCACUGCCAUGUGUACAGUUAGAUGGAUUUCUAAUCAGCCUGUUCACAACAGACUGUAAACAGAAACACAGGUGUGACAGCAGAGCUGCGGGAUGAAAGAGGAGAUGAAUGCAUUACAUACAUCAUUACUAUAUAAUGCAUGUAAACAUGUUUUCUGAUUGCCUUUAUAUCUGAAAUAAUGAUUGCAUUCUGUUUCCUCAUAAAAGUCCUAAAGGAAAGAAUUAAGUUUACAAAAGCCUUAAGUAUUGUCUCGAGCCCGCAGUCGACUGUGCAGGCAAGCCAGCAAAGGUUUCUGUAUCAGUCUGGGGGUGUCCCGACCACAGUGACAUUGCUGACUGCUGCUCACUCAUUAGGUACGAGCUCUACAUCGAUUCUGAUAAGGAGUCAUUACAGUACACAAUUGUAACAUUAGAAUUUAGGAUUUAAAUAUACUGCUUAAACAUGGGGGAAUUGUACUGUAUGCUAACAAAUAAUUGUUAUCUUUAUAAUUGUUUUCCUCAUACCAUACGUUCCUCAUACCUUCUUUAUAUUUUGACCAUUACAGUAAUAAUUUGCAUUCUUUUAAUGGUCUUAAAAAGCCUGAAACGCAGAAAGCCUCGGUGAGUCUGUGGAACGUUUAUUGCAUCUAAGUAAUCUGAUUAUCAGACGUUUACUAUUUACUCAAACUGAUUAAGAAGAUUUCUGUCUGUUGUCAUUGUGUCCAGUAUUUCAGUUUCUUUAAUUGGAUUUGGGGAAAGUAUGAUUUGCUUCACAUUAAAUGUAGGAAACCCUCUUACAUAUUUAUGUUCGGAUAUAUUUGUAAGUUAGAGAUCUUUGCUCUGCAUUGGUUUUACAGUACAUGUCUCUAUGACAUGUAAUGUACACAUCAUCAUAAUAGCCUAUAAAUGGGUGGAGGUAAGCUCAAUAAUGAUACAAAUGAGAAAAAAAUAUAUUAUUCUACAUAAACACAGAAGUGGGAAAAGAGCAGGCUCUGUGGUCCUGCAGGGGGAAAAAUGAUCUCAGGUCUUUAUCAAACCUGCCUGAGGGGCAGCUCUGCUGGUCAUCCCAGCCUAUCUGAGCUAAUGAGUGACAGGUCUGUGCAGUUGUGGCAUCUGUCAAAAUCAGCAUCACCCCCCACUUGUCUAAAAACAUCUUUAGGAUGUUUGCCUUCUUUAUAGUUCCUAUUUUACUAUUUUUAUUAUUAUCACAGCAGUUUCUGUUUGGAAUAAAAACCCUUUUAUACAUGAAAUUCUUAAAAACAAUUUAGAAGCUCUAUGUCUGACAGCAAAAGACAAAACAACCUACAUUAAUAUUAAAUAUAUGGCAUUAAAUAAUUAGAGAUAAACAAACCAGCCAUGUUGCCAUCUUGAAUAUGCCCGAGACACUACAGUCUGUGCAGCAGACAGGAGGCCGUUUCCCCCGCUGAGCCACUGCACAUCAUGUCUGUGAGAUUUAACUUUAGUCGUGGGUGUUUUGGGAUCACAACGAAGAAUUUUCUUUUCCCCUAAGUCCUGCCUCACUGAUGAGUGUGAGAUAAUGCACUUUCACAGUAAACUUCCUAAUUUAGUCAUUUCUUAUCUCUCACAUACUUCAUUAGAAAGCCCUGUUCUAUACUUCUACGUCAAUAGCAAGCAUGAGGUUAAAAUUAGUUUUUUCAGUAUUGUACAGUGGGAUAAAUAAAAUUUUUAACCCGUUUUAUUCAUUGUGGGUUAAUUUACUCAAGCAUAGAUGUUUUUGUUUAACCAGUGGUCAAAAACUCUGACAAAUGUUAUAGAUGUUUUAGAAAAGUAAGCCGUUUCCUUCGCAUUACUUCUGGCAAAUGUUGGAAGACAAUGCAGACUGACCAUCGCUUACACUUGUCCUGUCUUGCGUGUAGAAAGCAGCAGGAGAGAAGCAUGCUCUCAUUACAGGAAGCGCUUAGUUUGUCAGACCAGUGUGUGCAAGGGGCGGCUCACUUAAUUGUGGUGUGUCGUGAAAAGUUUAGGGCUAAGUUUGUUAAUUUUUCAUCCAUAUUUUCUCACCUGAAUUUUUCUUUUUGGUGCUUUAGUAUUAGACUAUGCAUGCACACUAACAAUGAAUUGUAAUGUAUUUUAAUUCAUGUAAAUGACACUGAAUAACAACUGUAAAUGUGCAGGAUAAAGCUUCAGCUUAAUGUAUGCGUACUUUUAUAUAACGUAUUAGAAUAGGCCGGCCUCCCAGUACCAGUAAUGAAGACUCAACAAAACACAAAUAAAAAUGUAGAGUUCACAAACAAUAGUGAUCAUACCCCAGUUUUGAAUGCUCAGCAUAUAAAAAUGGUUAUUACAUAAUUAUUAAAUAUGUUUGCGUUCCAUUGCAGUCCAUUUUUACUGUAUCUCAUCACCUACUUCUCCCCAUCUUUUGAUAUCAAACCUUUUCUUUCUUUGUCUGAACUACAGUUCGUGUCUCGAGGGCACAACACAUUACCUCGGCUGUUCCAGCUCAAACUUCACUUGUAUACUUACUUACUAAAAAUGUUUAUUAUUUAGCCACAUCCUUUUCUUAGGAAUGGUGUGCACUAUUGAUUGUCCCACUUUUAUUGCUUUAGUGGACAAGAACAUUAUCGAUUUUUGUGUUUCUUAUAUAGAGAAAAGGGCACUACGCAGAUUGCAAAUAACGAGAGUACGACUGUGUUUGUAGAAUGAGCCUGUAACAUAUGCAUGGCAGUGAGAACAAAUUGGCCAGUGUGCGCAUUUAAUGAAUCCAGUGGUAAGUUUGCACAUGCCCUUAUUUUGUGCUCAAUUGUAUACUCGUAGUGCUUAAUGAGGCCAUUUUUUUUGGGGGGGGGCUUAAAUUGUACUCCUGUCACCCUUCAAAGUCUCUGAUAUUAAUACAUACAUAACCACAUUAAAUGAAUUUGUUGUUCGUAAUCUUGAGCACAAACAGAAGUUGUUUUGUUUCC